ACUACUGUAACUCACUCAAGUUUUGUCAAAAUUCAUAGUUUCAUUAAUCUGACACGCUACCCAUUCCUUACACCCCCCCAAUUAAAAAUUAAAAUAAAAUAAAUGAAUAACAGGAAAGAAAAGCACAGGAAGACAGCAACAUCCUCCAGAGAGAGAAUGACCCUGUGCGACAUUAAAUCCAUUAUAGGGCUGUGAAAGUAACACACCCAUAAGCCCCAAAUCUCUUUAAUACAACACUCAUUAGGAAAGUGCUGAGCUCUUUAACAACAGCUAAGAUUGUCCAUCGCUCUGCAACACCAAUACCUCUGCUCUACAUUAAUUAUAUUACAGCAUGAGUUAAUGUAUGAGACCAGAAUAUUUUUUCAGAAUUUUUUCUUUCUAUCUUCUGCUACUAUUUUGACCAGGACACCCCUGUAUGUUCUAAGCCACCUACCUGGGACUAGGCUCACUAAAGUGGUCUAUAUAAAAUACCCACUUCUAUCCAGAUAUUGUUGUACAAGUUUAUUCUUGAGGAUAAACCCCUUGAGAUAAACCAUCUCGUUUUCGAGGGCUUCCUGACAAACAAACAACACAAACUACCACGAACCACAAAAAAGUUACUUAGUGAUAUAGUUAGACAUAUAUUGUUAGAUUAAGAGUGUGGGGUUACAGAGUAAAGCAAUUAAUUAAACCUAUUCAAUUCCUUGCCUGCUUUUGCUUUAUUCAGGUUCAGUGGUUUGGAGGGUCCCAGCAGCAGAAACAUCACCAAGCUAAAACAAAUUGUACUAAAAUUACUGAGAAAGUAUAAACAAAUUGGUGGUGACAAUCCUUGCAUGUUUUGCACCUGCAUGGACUUUUAAAAAAAAAUUGAAAUAUGUUGUGUAGUCAUGUUUUAAAAUAAGCAGUCAUUGGAUAGCUUCGUGAUAGAGCUGGUGUAACCUUAAUAUCUUGAUGAGUGGUCAGUUAUGUUUGCAUAGGUGGCUGGAUUAGAUAUUAACUGUGGCCUAAAUCACUUUGUGCUGACGGAUUUGGAAAGUGAUAAUCCAAGGUGUGCCUUUUAAAAAGCCAGACUGUGGCCACCUGGGUCUAUUUGUAGCAGGGUCCUUCUCCAUCACUUUCCUGAACUGCCAGAAGAAACACCACUGAAGGGCUGAUUGCAACCAUCACAAGCCGCAACCAUGAAUGGCACAGAGGGACCAUAUUUCUAUAUCCCUAUGCAAAACACCACCGGCAUUGUCCGGAGUCCUUAUGAUUACCCUCAGUACUACCUUGUCAGCCCAGCAGCUUAUGCUGCCCUGGGUGCCUACAUGUUCCUGCUCAUCCUUCUUGGCUUCCCCAUCAACUUCCUCACUCUCUACGUAACCCUCGAACACAAGAAGCUGCGGACCCCUCUAAACUACAUCCUACUCAAUCUCGCAGUGGCCAACCUCUUCAUGGUGUUCGGAGGAUUCACCACAACGAUUUACACCUCUAUGCAUGGCUACUUCGUUCUAGGUCGCCUUGGCUGCAAUCUGGAAGGAUUCUUUGCUACCCUUGGAGGUGAAAUUGGACUGUGGUCACUGGUUGUUCUGGCUAUUGAAAGGUGGAUGGUUGUCUGCAAGCCCAUCAGCAAUUUCCGCUUUGGGGAGAAUCACGCAAUCAUGGGUUUGGGUUUCACCUGGUUUGCAGCAGCUGCUUGUGCCGUACCCCCUCUUGUUGGCUGGUCUCGUUACAUCCCUGAGGGCAUGCAGUGCUCAUGUGGAGUCGACUACUAUACACGUGCAGAAGGUUUCAACAAUGAAUCCUUCGUUAUCUACAUGUUCAUCUGCCACUUCCUUAUUCCACUGGUUGUUGUGUUCUUCUGCUAUGGCCGUCUGCUCUGUGCUGUCAAGGAGGCUGCUGCUGCCCAGCAAGAGUCUGAGACCACCCAAAGGGCUGAGAGGGAAGUCACCCGCAUGGUUGUAAUCAUGGUUAUCGCUUUCCUGGUAUGUUGGUGUCCCUAUGCAAGUGUGGCCUGGUAUAUCUUCACACAUCAGGGCUCUGAGUUCGGACCUCUCUUCAUGACCUUCCCCGCCUUCUUUGCCAAGAGUUCCUCCAUCUACAACCCAUUGAUCUACAUCAUGAUGAACAAGCAGUUCCGCCACUGCAUGAUCACCACCUUGUGCUGUGGGAAGAAUCCCUUCGAGGAGGAGGAGGGAGCGUCAAGCACCAAGACCGAGGCCUCCUCUGCCAGUUCUGUGUCACCUGCAUAAAAAGGGUCAUCUACAAAGGCUCCAUGAUCCACGAUCCAAGAAGAAGACUUCCGCUCCCCCCGGGAAACGACUGAAGGCUAAUGUCUACAGAAAUAACUUCCUUUUUGUAUUUUUACGAGUUGGUUCAACCUAAAGACUGUUGCAGGAAAGGUCAGCCCAUUACAGAGUUGUUCCUGUAUUUACAGAGUUGUUCCUGUAUUUACAGAAUAUCCAAUUUAACAAUCUAUGACUUUUUUUCUGAGAGUAAAGGGGAAAAAUGUUAUGUUUUUACAGUUGGAUCCUAUAUGAUAUUGGCUUAUUUUUGAAUGUAGAGGCAUGUAAUCAAGGCAACGUAAAAUAAAUCGCACUUUGCAAAUGA